AGAGGAGAACGUGGCCACGUUCCGAGGCUCUGAGUACCUGUGCUACGACCUGUCUCAGAACCCGAUCCAGAGCAGCAGUGAUGAAAUCACCCUCUCCUUUAAGACCUGGCAGCGGAAUGGGCUCAUCCUGCACACGGGCAAGUCGGCUGACUAUGUCAACCUGGCUCUGAAGGAUGGCGCGGUCUCCUUGGUCAUUAACCUGGGGUCCGGGGCCUUUGAGGCCAUUGUGGAGCCAGUGAAUGGAAAAUUCAACGACAACGCCUGGCACGAUGUCAAAGUGACACGCAACCUUCGGCAGGUGACAAUCUCUGUGGAUGGCAUUCUUACCACAACGGGCUACACUCAGGAGGACUACACCAUGCUGGGCUCGGAUGACUUCUUCUACGUGGGAGGAAGCCCAAGUACCGCUGACUUGCCAGGCUCACCCGUCAGCAACAACUUUAUGGGCUGCCUUAAAGAGGUUGUUUAUAAGAAUAAUGACAUCCGUCUGGAGCUGUCUCGCCUGGCCCGGAUUGGGGACACCAAGAUGAAGAUCUAUGGGGAAGUUGUAUUCAAGUGUGAGAAUGUGGCCACACUGGACCCCAUCAACUUCGAGACCCCAGAGGCGUACAUCAGUUUGCCCAAGUGGAACACCAAACGCAUGGGUUCUAUCUCCUUUGACUUCCGCACCACCGAGCCCAACGGCCUGAUCCUCUUCACUCACGGCAAGCCCCAAGAGAGGAAGGAUGCUCGGAGCCAGAAGAACACCAAGGUGGACUUCUUUGCUGUGGAACUCCUCGAUGGCAACCUCUACCUGCUGCUUGACAUGGGCUCAGGCACCAUCAAAGUGAAGGCCACUCAGAAGAAAGCCAACGAUGGGGAAUGGUACCAUGUGGACAUUCAGCGAGAUGGCAGAUCAGGUACCAUAUCAGUGAACAGCAGGCGCACGCCAUUCACUGCCAGCGGGGAGAGUGAGAUCCUGGACCUGGAGGGGGACAUGUACCUGGGCGGGCUGCCAGAGAACCGUGCUGGCCUCAUCCUCCCCACCGAGCUCUGGACUGCCAUGCUCAACUACGGCUAUGUGGGCUGCAUCCGUGACCUGUUCAUCGACGGGCGCAGCAAGAACAUCCGGCAGCUGGCGGAGAUGCAGAACGCUGCGGGCGUCAAGUCCUCCUGUUCACGGAUGAGCGCUAAGCAGUGUGACAGCUACCCCUGCAAGAACAAUGCUGUGUGCAAGGACGGCUGGAACCGCUUCAUCUGCGACUGCACCGGCACAGGCUACUGGGGAAGGACCUGUGAAAGGGAGGCGUCCAUCUUGAGCUAUGAUGGCAGCAUGUACAUGAAGAUCAUCAUGCCCAUGGUCAUGCACACUGAGGCAGAGGAUGUGUCCUUCCGCUUCAUGUCCCAGCGAGCUUAUGGGCUGCUGGUGGCUACUACCUCCAGGGACUCUGCGGACACCCUGCGUUUGGAGCUGGAUGGGGGGCGUGUCAAGCUCAUGGUUAACUUAGACUGUAUCAGGAUAAACUGUAACUCCAGCAAAGGACCUGAGACCCUGUAUGCGGGGCAGAAGCUCAAUGACAAUGAAUGGCACACCGUUCGGGUGGUGCGGAGAGGAAAAAGCCUUAAAUUAACUGUGGAUGAUGAUGUGGCUGAGGGUACAAUGGUGGGGGACCAUACCCGCUUGGAAUUCCACAAUAUCGAAACUGGAAUCAUGACUGAGAAACGCUACAUCUCCGUUGUCCCCUCCAGUUUCAUUGGGCACUUGCAGAGCCUCAUGUUCAAUGGCCUGCUCUACAUUGACUUGUGCAAAAAUGGUGACAUUGAUUACUGUGAGCUGAAGGCACGUUUUGGACUGAGGAACAUCAUUGCUGACCCUGUCACCUUCAAGACCAAGAGCAGCUACCUGAGCCUGGCCACCCUCCAGGCAUACACCUCCAUGCACCUCUUCUUCCAGUUCAAGACCACCUCAGCUGAUGGCUUCAUCCUCUUCAACAGUGGUGAUGGCAAUGACUUCAUUGCAGUUGAGCUAGUCAAGGGGUACAUACACUAUGUGUUUGACCUCGGGAAUGGUCCCAAUGUGAUCAAGGGCAACAGUGACCGCCCCCUGAAUGACAACCAGUGGCACAACGUCGUCAUCACCCGAGACAACAGUAACACCCACAGUUUGAAAGUGGACACUAAAGUGGUCACUCAGGUUAUCAAUGGUGCCAAAAAUCUGGAUUUGAAAGGUGACCUCUACAUGGCGGGUCUGGCCCAAGGCAUGUACAGCAACCUUCCAAAAUUGGUGGCUUCCCGGGAUGGCUUUCAGGGAUGUCUGGCCUCGGUGGAUUUGAAUGGGCGUCUGCCAGACCUCAUCAACGAUGCCCUCCAUCGGAGUGGACAGAUAGAACGUGGCUGUGAAGGACCAAGUACCACCUGCCAGGAAGAUUCAUGUGCCAACCAGGGGGUCUGCAUGCAGCAGUGGGAAGGCUUCACCUGCGACUGUUCCAUGACAUCAUAUUCUGGAAACCAGUGCAAUGAUCCUGGCGCUACGUACAUCUUUGGGAAAAGCGGAGGCCUCAUCCUCUACACCUGGCCGGCCAAUGAUAGGCCCAGCACCCGCUCUGACCGCCUUGCCGUGGGCUUCAGCACCACUGUGAAGGAUGGCAUCUUGGUGCGCAUCGACAGCGCUCCGGGUCUUGGUGACUUCCUCCAGCUUCACAUAGAACAGGGGAAAAUUGGAGUUGUCUUCAAUAUUGGCACAGUUGACAUCUCCAUCAAAGAGGAGAGAACCCCUGUAAAUGAUGGUAAAUACCACGUGGUGCGCUUCACCAGGAAUGGCGGCAAUGCCACACUUCAGGUGGACAACUGGCCAGUGAAUGAGCAUUAUCCCACAGGCAACACUGAUAAUGAACGCUUCCAAAUGGUAAAACAGAAAAUCCCCUUCAAAUAUAACCGGCCCGUAGAGGAGUGGCUGCAGGAAAAAGGACGGCAGUUAACCAUCUUCAACACCCAGGCGCAAAUAGCCAUUGGCGGAAAAGACAAAGGACGUCUCUUCCAAGGGCAGCUCUCUGGGCUCUAUUAUGAUGGUUUGAAAGUACUGAACAUGGCGGCUGAGAACAACCCCAAUAUUAAAAUCAAUGGAAGUGUCCGGCUGGUGGGAGAAGUCCCGUCAAUCUUGGGAACAACACAGACGACCUCCAUGCCACCAGAAAUGUCUACCACUGUCAUGGAAACCACCACUACAAUGGCUACUACUACAACCCGCAAAAAUCGUUCUACAGCAAGCAUUCAGCCAACAUCAGAUGACCUUGUUUCAUCUGCUGAAUGUUCAAGCGAUGAUGAGGACUUCGUUGAGUGUGAGCCGAGUACAGGUAGGUUAGGAGGUGAAUUAGUUAUCCCUCUUCUUGUAGAAGACCCUUUAGCUACCCCUCCUAUUGCUACUCGUGCACCUUCCAUUACACUCCCCCCUACCUUUCGCCCCCUCCUCACCAUUAUUGAGACCACCAAAGAUUCCCUGUCCAUGACCUCUGAGGCGGGGUUACCUUGCUUGUCGGACCAAGGCAGCGAUGGUUGUGAUGAUGAUGGCUUGGUGAUAUCUGGGUAUGGCUCAGGGGAAACCUUUGACUCUAACCUGCCCCCUACUGAUGAUGAAGAUUUUUACACCACCUUCUCCUUGGUAACAGAUAAGAGUCUUUCCACUUCAAUCUUCGAAGGUGGCUACAAAGCACAUGCGCCCAAGUGGGAAUCCAAGGACUUUAGACCUAACAAAGUCUCCGAAACUAGUAGGACUACUACCACAUCUUUGUCCCCUGAGCUGAUCCGCUUCACAGCUUCCUCCUCGUCUGGGAUGGUGCCCAAAUUGCCAGCUGGCAAAAUGAAUAACCGUGAUCUCAAACCCCAGCCUGAUAUAGUCUUGCUUCCGUUGCCCACUGCCUAUGAGCUAGACAGCACCAAACUGAAGAGCCCACUAAUUACUUCCCCCAUGUUCCGUAAUGUGCCCACAGCAAACCCCACGGAGCCGGGAGUCAGACGGGUUCCGGGGGCCUCAGAGGUGAUCCGGGAGUCGAGCAGUACAACAGGGAUGGUCGUCGGCAUUGUGGCUGCUGCCGCCCUCUGCAUCUUGAUCCUCCUGUACGCCAUGUACAAGUACAGGAACAGGGACGAGGGGUCCUAUCAAGUGGACGAGACGCGGAACUACAUCAGCAACUCGGCCCAGAGCAACGGCACGCUCAUCAAGGAGAAGCAGCAGAGCUCGAAGAGCGGCCACAAGAAACAGAAAAACAAGGACAAGGAGUAUUAUGUGUAAAAACGACACCGCCAAUCAUUACAUGAAUUUAUGACACAGAAUUAUUUCUAUAGAAAUCUAUAAAUACUUGGAAAACGAGGUUUCACAGAUGUCAGAACUGUUACAACUAUGAGAUGGGGUGUACCAUGACCAUGGUGGGGAAAACCAUUUUUAAAAGGACACACACAAAGAUGUACCUAAAACGUUCAGCCAUGGCUGCUUUGAUUCAGUCAUCGCUCGGAGACAGAACAUUCUUUCUGCCCUGCUGUAUCAUAAAGCACACACUUCGCGCUCUGGAGCAACCAGAUGGCUCCCCCACUUUCGCGGACUUGGAAGCUUCCUUCUCUUGAGGACUUUUCACCCAAGGUAGAAGACUUCAUGGCUUACUUGUUCCAUAACUCCAAGUGAGUCUGUAAUGAUGUUUGUGAAGCUUGACUGUAACAAUCUGUAACAAUGUUUUCUUUUUUCUUUUUUUUUUUUUUUGGUUUAAUUAUGUAAA